GUGUUGAUAUCCGAAGUGGUAUACCUCCUCAGUGAGGUCACGGUCACAAAAUUUUGGCUCUUUAUACCUCACACUGAUGUUUGAAAUAAUCUAAGUUAUUUGUGUGAAAGCUAUAAUAAGCAGUUUCUACAUCUUUUGGGAGCCUCGAUAUGGCUUUGUAAGGCAACUACGAGUACGAAGUGAUUCAUGGUACUGAAACUACGAGUAGGAAGUUGAUUCGUGACUGACUAAACUUGGCCUCUGUGACAGUAAUAAACAACGAUCAAGAACUUCAGAACAUCACAAUCACUUUGAAUGGUUUUUCACGUUUUUGAAGCGACUGUUCCACCACCACCUCGAGAAAAUAAAGCGAGGCGGGGAUACUAUACUCGUAGCUUGCUUUGUGAUGCCGUGAAACAAGCAAUAUUCGGCAACAUGACCGUCACCGAAGCAUCUAGAUAUUACAAAAUACCGCGAACAACAAUACAAAAGCAUGUCAGCAAGGCCCGUGAGCAGCAUUUACUAAAGGAGCAUUACAUCCGCCAGAUGGCAGCAGCGCGAAGACAUCAAGGCCAGUCCGAAGAACAACAAUGCCGAUUGAUAGACUCACCUUUGCGCUACAUGAACCCGAUUACUCAGGCUUCUUAUCCUGGUGUGUACCGUGCAGAUAGUUUUACUACACAUUGGAGGCAGCAACCAGUUAGCAUAGAUAGUUCAUCGUCAACAUUUUUGGAUGAAGUGCAGUGUUCUCCUGAAGAUGAAAUGACGAUAGCUGAGCAGUGUGAGGUGAAGAGCGAGGAAAAACUGGAGAAUGAGCAACGACAUAUUAAUGGAGCCCUGGUGAACGGAGGCACUUUGGAACGACGAGAUGCAUACGUUCAAAGCUCUGUGAAGCCAUUGACUCGAAUAGUAUUGAAACGAGAGGGUAAAGAAGAUGUGGUUAGAGUGUUGGUCAUACCGCGAUGUUAACUGACUCCAGCUGUCUCGCUCGUAUCCCAUCUUGCACAUCUUCCAGUUCCUCAAAUCACAACUUCUGAGUGCGUUAGAGAUAUGCCAAAGCUGUGCCAAAAUUUUGGGUUUUCUGAUCAAAAUCUUGCUUUAACGAUGUGUUGUUUAAUACAGCAUUUGCUUUGUAUUUCUGUACAAUUCCAGAUAAAUGUUUUUGCAUGCUGUCAAUUUUUUUUUUCAGAA